AUGCUUCGCUCAUCAAACUUGUGCAGAUCGAUCGCGGCGAGUCGUGGUAAACAUGCGUUGACUGGUGAUGAUUAUCAGUACUUGGAGAAGUCCGAGAUUCCAUCCUACCAUUUUCAAAAGUCUCUUCGACGUCUUCCCAUUCCAAAACUUCCAGAUACCGUAAACCGCUACCUUACAUCAUCGAAAGCGGUUUUAUCCUCAGAGGCCUAUGCAAAAACCGAAGCAUCAAUCAGAUCCUUCGAAACAAAUGAAGGCCCAAAGCUUCAAGAAGCUCUUCUGGAAUAUGAUAAAGCCCAUCGCGAUACCAGCUAUAUCUCUGAGCCAUGGUUUGAUAUGUACUUGAGAGCUAGAGUUCCAGUAGCUGUGAACUACAAUCCAUUCAUGAUGUAUGCCCCUGAUCCGGACCCGAAAUUCAACGACCAGCUCACCCGUGCUACCAACCUCGCUAUUUCCUAUGCAAGAAUCAAGCGAUCACUCGACGAAAACCUCCUUGGUCCAGAGGUUUUCCACAUGAAUCCAAAGAAAAGUGAUACCAAAUUGUUCAGAACUGUGUGCAAAACCCUCCCACCAAGUCUGUCAUGGUUCGGUGCUGUCGCAUUCAAGGCUUUCCCGUUGGACAUGUCGCAGUACAAGUCGUUGUUUUGUGGAUCUAGAAUUCCGAAGAAGGAAAAAGACGUUCUCUAUUUGGAUUCCACUCAAAAACACUUUAUUGCCUUCUACAAAGGAAUCCCGUACGCUGUCAGAAUUUUCGAUGACUCCGGAAAGCUUUUGGAUGCAGAAGACGUCCAUGGCUCUCUGGCGUGGAUUCUGAAAAACGGCAAAGAAGCCAAACCAGAAGAAAGUGUCGGCUCAUUGACUUCUCUGGAUCGUGAUUCAUGGGCGGACGCCAGGGUUGAACUCCAGAAUGCCGGAAACGAAGAAUAUUUGAAAAAGAUUGACGGAGGUCUUUUUGCCAUGUGUCUUGAUGAUUUGAAAACUGAGGAACACAAACGGCUAGUUCAAUCUCUUCUCAUUGGUGACGAUGCCCGUAACCGUUGGUUUGAUAAGUGCUUCCAGACUAUUGUAGAUGCCAACGGACAAGCUACGAUCAACUUCGAACACUCAUGGGGAGAUGGAGUUGCUGUUCUUCGUCUAAUGGAAGAGUCGUUCAAAGAUACUAACAAAAACCAUUUUGUCUCUUCUGAUGAUCAACCGAAAUCUCACAACCCUGCUCAUGUCGAAACAUUGAAUUUCAAGCUGACCGAUUCUUUGAAAACUAAGAUUCACGAAGCACAAAUGACCCACGUCAAUGCUAAUUCAGAUCUUGAUUUUGCAACCAUGGAGUAUGAGGGACUUAACAGAGAUUUGAUCAAGAAGACGAAGCUAUCUCCAGAUUCUGUGAUGCAGCUCGCUAUUCAAAUGGCAUUCUACUCCCUAUAUAAAGAGUUUGUUCCAACUUAUGAAUCCUGCUCCACAGCUGCUUUCUUGAAAGGAAGAACCGAAUGUAUGCGAUCUGCCACUGCAGCAACUCGCACCGCAACACUUGCGAUUCUUGAAGAGAAUCGUAAGGAUAUCCGACAACUUCUGACAGAUUGCUCAUCACAGCAUUUCCAACUUGUCAAGGAAGCAUCUAUGGGACAAGGAUACGAUCGUCACUUGCUUGGUCUCAAGAUCACGGCUCAACGCCUCAGUCAACCGACACCAGACUUCUUCGGAGAUGCUGGAUACAACAGAAUGAAUCACUUCGUCUUGUCAACAAGUACUUUGUCCACAGAAACUAUUGUGUUUGGAGGAUUUGGACCAGUUGUGGCUGAUGGAUUCGGUAUCGGAUACAACGUUGUGGCUAGCAAGUUGGGAGCUGUCAUUUCCAGCAAUAAGUCAAAACGCGAUGCAGCUGCCUUCUCAAACGCCCUCUACAAGAGUUUGGAUAUUCUUCGUGGGCAUCUUGUCGAGUCCAAAUGA